CUGUUGAACAAAGUCUUAUAAAGGACGAUGACCGAGCUCCGUCCACCUGGGUGCUGUUAUGCCGCGCGAGAGUUCUCCAAGACCACUACCCUACACGGCUUCAAAUAUCUCAGCUCCAAGUCUUACUGUGAUCGUUGGGGCUGGCUAGUAUGCUGCUGCGCUAGCGCGUGUUGCGCUGGCGUACUGUGCGCAGUGCUGUGGGCGCGUUUCCUGCAGGUACCCGCGCUGCUCACGCUGCGGGAGACUAAGUCGCCCAUGGACUACAUGACCAUGCCGCUCGUGGGCAUCUGCCCACCCACAGAGACCGUGGCGCAGCUGUUCCGUCAGCAGAUGGUCAUAAACGAAACGGACGGGAGUCGUCUCCCGGAGAUUCUAGACCACGUGCUACGGCGGAAGUAUACCACCAUGGACCAGUUGAGCACGUUAGAGGAAGUGCUGCGGAAGAACAACGUUAGCCUGGCCGGCGCGUUGGAGCGCGUCAUGCCACCUUGCAACAAGAUAGUGAGGAACUGUCGCUGGCAGUCCGUUACUAUACCGUGCGAGUCUCUGUUCGAGCAGCAGCUCACGCAGUGGGGUGUAUGCUGCCUGUCUAAUAUAUCUGCAGUAAACUUGAAGCCACCUCUCUACACGCGCCUGGCGUUCUCGCGGACGCUCAGUAUCGGCCUGCAGUGUUCGCAGCCCGACAUGCCAGUUCUGACGGGGUGCGAGCUAUUCACAAAAUACGAGGGCGAGGGCUGGGUGGACCUGCUGUCUACGGCGCUGACGCCGGGACACAACUACGUGGCGCAGCUGUCAUUUACGUCUGUGGUCGACAGCGACCCAGACAAACUGGUCGACGAGACCUGCAUCGCCUCGGAGACAUACUCGAGGACUGUGUGCCUGCUUAGAUGCAGAGAGAAUUUCUGUGGUUGCUUGGACCCACUUCGGAUAAAACACGAGAAUGAGAAACUUAAUCUUCCCGUGUGUUCCAUGACUAAGCUCAACUGCUUGCGAUCUUUCAACAACAGUAAAUCCACGUGUCGCUGCUUGCCGUCGUGUAAGAAAGUGAUAUCUACGAUGUCGUUGGAGUCCAGUAAAAUGAUCUCGACCAGCAAAACAUACGACAAUUUAUAUCUAAGAUUGGACGAGUCGUCGAGUACAAUCCUCAACAUCAUCGUCAGGAUAAAGGGGUCCAAGAUAUUCGUCGUCAAUCCCACAGAAACGUGGAUCACUUUGUUGUCGUCCCUGGGCGGAGUUUUCAACAUGUUUCUCGGUGUGGGACUGUUCAGUGCUUUAGAGGUGUUGUUCCUCAUUUUCGUGAGGUGUCCCAUAGCGAUCAGAAAAUCCAGCGAAGUCACUCUGCACCGCGACCGCGAUGCAGUCAGCUAGUAUAAUGAAUUUCGUUGUACUGAAACAUUUAUCUCAAUAAAGUUUGCU